AUGAAAAUUGUAUUUUUUGUUAAAGUUUUGCGAAUCUUCCCUGCCUUAAAAGUGAAACUGUCUGGACUGGACAAAAAGGCCAAUUAUUAUGUCAUAAUGGACAUAGUUCCUUGUGACGCCAAUCGUUGGAAAUUCCACAAUUCUCGUUGGACUGUGGCGGGGAAAGCAGAUCCUGAACUUCAAAAACCUCUACAUAUCCACCCAGAUUCGCCUGCUACGGGGGAACAUUGGAUGGCUAAAGGAGCAAGUUUUCAUCGAGUAAAGGUGACAAACAAUGCUACAAACAAGGCAGAAUUUGUGAGUUUCUAA